AUGUCUCCCAACUCAACCGAGAACGACAACGGGGGUGUAGUCGAGGUAGCCUCUGCCUCGGCGAGCAACCCUGUUCAGAUCAUCUUGACGCCUCCAACGCCGAUAACACCUUCGGCUCCAGCUGCUAUUGACCACCGUAGCGAAGACACAAACAAGGAGGUUCACCGCCUGCCAGAUGUAUCAGAGGAGAAGGAAGUUGUAGCGAAGACCGACUUCUCUGAUGAGAAACAGGUUUAUAACGAACAUGAUGAGAAGGAUGAGAAAGAAGUCUACACACAGAAUACGGAAAAGGUGGUCUAUGAUGGUGGGAUAGAGAAGGCGGUCCACAACUUGAAGCUCUACGAUGGACAUGAUGAGAAACAAAUAUUCGACCCCAGUCUCGGCAUGCAUGAUACUGAGAAAGAAGCUCUCUACACCCAAAACCAGCACGAUGCGGACCAGCGAAGGCACAGCACCUCGACUGAAUCCACCGAAACAUCGCAAUCACAAGCCAAGACCAAACCAUUCUGCUACAAGCGCCAUGUCGGCAAAUUCAACGAAGCAAUCGACAAGAAGAAGAAAGCAUGGACGACCUUUAGCAACAACUCCAGCACGGCCAUGUCGGAGAAGAUAAUCCAGAUGGAUAAGGGCUGGAAGCAACGCGUCGAUGUGUUUGAGGAGAGCACCAUGGCCAAGAUGAGCGCUUUUGACAAAAGUAUCAACGAUGGAUUCGAUCGCGCUGGGAAGGGCUACAAUUCAACGGUUUCGAGUUGGAAGACGGGGAUGGUUAAUAAGAGGAAUCAGAGUAUAAGCAGCAUGAAGAGCUUGGGUUCCAAGUGUCAGAUUGGUGGCAAGGGAGGCAAAGACGAAACGAAGGAGGAUAAGUUGGAGAAGUAA